AUGCUAGUUGGGGAGAGUUUGAAUGUUACGGCUUCUCCACACAGACGAAAGGGUUCUUCCCACACCCGAAGCAAAGAUUCUCUUCAAAGUCGAAUAGUGGUGGUCAUUGCUUCUGAAGCCGAUCAUCAAACAAAGUGUGUAGGUGUUGAUUUUGAUAGGAUUUUCAGGGAUGAUUUUGAGGCUGGUUUCGGCAGUAUGGAUGGGAUGUUGCUGGGAAAUUUGUCUUUAGAAGUUGAGGAAGGUGGUUGUGAUUCUCUAAUCAAUGAUGUUUAUGGUGACAUUGUGAUAAUUUUUACUGAUAAUAAGAUGACGGUUCUCCAUCAGAAAUUUGAGAUUCUCUUUUCUGAGUUAGGGUGUGGUAACGUCCUUGCUUCUUCUGGGGAUGUUCUCUUUUCUAGGGGAGGGAGUGUUGAUGAUGGAAUUAAGGGAGGAAAUGGAGUUGUCUUGAGAGGGACAAAUUAUUUCGGUGAAGGAAUGGUGUGGGCUAAGAUAAAAUCAUACUACGGUGUCUCCAGAAACCUUCUAAUAAAGUUCAAGGAUGAUACAAUUGAUGAAACUUCUGCACUGGCACAAGUGCUUAGCUCAGAUUCUGCCAUCAGUUCAAUGCUGGAUAUGUCCAUUCGUUUGUUGCCAGGGGAUCACGGUCUCCCUUUACAGCAGGCUCUCCCAGAGGUUCCACCAGCAAUGGCGGAUGCGGUAAACAGGGGAGGAGAGCUUUUGGCAAAUUUGGCUGCAGGGACUCCGUGGGAAACGAUUGCCAAAGAAGUGGGCAACACACUAGGCAUAGACUCGAGGAUCCUUCGUGCUGAGAUCUCAAGGGACAUAGACCUGCUUGUGGAUGUAGUCACAUCAUGGAUGGCUUCCAACACAGGUCCAAAGCUUUUGAGGCCAUGAUAGGUAGGACAUACUCAAGAUUUUGAACCGACAGAGCUAAGAUUGGGAGGAAAAGGAAAAGCAGAGGGGUAAAAACUAUUUAUCGAAUUUCUGUAAAUAGUGUUCAUGUAUCAUUGUGUACUUGUGUUGUCAAAGGUCAUAAAGCUUGCAAGUCUGUGUUAUUAAGGUUUAUUUUUAUGUUUUCCAAAAAAUAAAGAAAUAUAGUCCGUUUUAAGUUAAUUUAAUAACUAUCACUUGUGGUUAAAUAUUUUAGUAGGUGAAUGUAAAAAUCACAGACGGGCGUCAUUGGGUUGGAAUCUUUCAGUUGUUUUCUG